AUGGCCUGGGGAGCCCUGCUUGUGUGGCAGCUCUGGGCUGUGACUGGAAUUCUCGUCCUUCUCUUGGUGCUGUUGUUGGGACUCCACAGAAUCAGACGUGAUCCAAACAGCAGUGGCCACAAGGAGAGGUCCAGCAGCAACUUGGCGGAGGAGGAAGAAGGACACAACAUGCUUGCAAAGAAAGAAAUAGAAAGCGACAAGGAAGAAGUAAACAACGAUGAGACAGGGGAGGAAGUCAAUGCUACUGGAAAUGAAGAAGACAAACACCAUGCAAACGAAGAAGACGGUGGCCACAAUGUCAAAAGGCAUCUUGGAAGCCUUUUAGAGGAGCGCAUACAGUUGCCUGUUCUGGACCUGGACAAAGGUUGCUCCGUCAUAAUGGAUCUGAUGGACAAACUCAUACCCAUCUUUGGACAAGGCUUGUCCAAGAGCUUCUACCCGGUGCCACAACAAGCCAUCGGAGUGGGCAGUGCCUUUGAAGGCUGGAGUCCCAGCGCACAGGACCUUGUGUACCAUGUGCUGGUACCACUGAGUCCCCCUCCAGGACAUGCCUUCCACCUGGAACUGGAUGCUGCAGGUGUGCUCCAGAGGAACUGCUGUGUCCGUGUGGAGCUGCUGUGCACCUGCACGAGGGAGCAGCUGGGGGAGGACAUGCUGUGCUUCCUCCACCACUCUGAGGAGGAGCUGAGAAGGAAACAGGACCCCAGCCUCCUGCACAUCCUCUGCACUGGCACCUAUCUGGAUGUGGAGAAAACUGUCCACUGGUUCUAUAGAUCCGUGAGAGUAGCCUGGCUGCUUUUGCCUCAGUCGCGCCAUUGGCAUUUAAUGUUGCAGCCCUCCAGCCGCUCCUGUAGAUUUCAGCUAAGCAGAGACCAGGAAAGCUUCACAGCUGAGGUCAUCUUUGGAGUGCAGCAAGGAGACUCAGAUAUCUUCGUGGGCAGCCAGUCUACAGAAGCAGGCAUCCCAAGCACAACAUGGCUGGAGACUUACGCCGUGGCAGAGGCAAAAUUCUUCAGGCACAUUUCCAUGCAGGCCCCUCAUGACAGCUGGCACUGCAAGUGCCUGCAGCUCCUCAGCCGCAUCCUGGUGGGUGUAGGUUUCUCCAGCUAUGCCCUGAAGACAGUGGUGAUGCACCUCCUGAGCACCGUGCCCCUGACACAGUGGUGCAGGAAGGAUUUCUGGCGGAGAAUGAGGGACACCCUCAAGUACCUCCGCUGCUCCCUGGACACAAAACUGCUCAACCACUUUGUCAUUGGCAACAAGAGGUUUCCUAUGGAGAUCAGUCUGCCCUCCGACUUCCGUGUGGCUGAAGCACCCAACCUCUUCCAGCACCUAGCCAGCAAUCCAGAUGCCCACAUGAAGGCCAUGCAGGAGUACGUUCAUCUGCUGCAUCAGCUCAAACAAAUGCUGGUCUAA